AUGGACGAAAAAGUAUACUGUCGAUUUAAACAUAUACCAUCGAAGAGAGACGGUGAACAAAUUGCAGCAAAUAUAAAAACGUUUGUCAAUCCAAAAGUAUUUGAUGAAUCAGGUAUAAAAAAUUGUGGAAAAGGCGGAAAUGAUACAAUCGAUUUUAAAGUUACUCGUGAAGAAGUCAAUAAUAUUCGUAACAAUCUUACUCGCGUAUUGCCAAGCAUAGAUUCACCUGUAUGGUUUUCUAUUCUUUCGGAUCCUCUUCAUUUGCUUAUACCACGUUCAUUAAUAACGGUUGAUGAUAUUAGACAUGAAGGAUCAACAUUUCGUGCAACAUGUCAAUUCGGUUCACUCCGAUCUUAUAAUCAAUUUUAUUCACAUGUUCCAUUUGAUAAUAAAAUUGCUCAACUUUCAUUUAAACCAACAGGAUCCAUACCAAACAGUUUAUUUAUUGAAUUUGAUAAAAUACGUAUAGUAAUUUCAUUUGAUUCGAUUCAAAAAAGAAAUAUUGUAGUUAAUAAAGAAAAUGCAAAGAAUGGAGUCUAUGUAUUACUAUCACUUAAAUAUUUACCAAACAUUUAUCGAUUGGAAUCAGUCAAAGAUGAAGAUAAUGAUGAUGAAAAUUCAGAUAAGAAACAAGUUCGACUAUGUGCUGAUGAAGAAAAUGUUUCAUUUAUUCAAGAAAUAGUGCAUUGUUCUGAUGUAGUUUUUCAUUUUACACCAUCUCCAGAUAUACCUUGGUUGUUUCUUUCUCAUUUUUUAAUAUCUGAUUCACACGCAUAUGAACUUAAUUUUUCUUGUUUCAAAAUAUCUGAUUGGUCAAAAGAAAAUAAUAAAAAUCAAAGACCAAAUCCAUUUAAUUUUAAUAAUGCUUCAUUUCAAGAUCGUUAUAGUUUACAAAUGCUUAUCUCACUUGGAUAUGUAUUUCGAGAUAAAUGGGCACAAUUAACUGAUCAAGAAUUAAAUUGGCAUAAAUGGAAUGUUAAUGAACGUCAUGCUUUAUGUUGUUUUGCUGUUGAACAAUUAAGUAAAGAUCAUGGAUACGAUUUAACACGAACCGAAUAUGAUUAUAAUGAAAGAAGAAAAAAAACAAAAAAAUCUGAUAAUGAUAUGGACGACAAGGCUAUGUUAAUUGACGAUAGAAAACGACUUAAAGUUGCUUUUUGUACAUUAACACCAUUAAAAAUUAUUUUUCAACCAUUUGAAGUUACAACUGGAAGUCGAGCUUUAAGAAAUCCUCAAUUUGGUGGUGUUGAACGAUUUCUACUUGUACAUUUGCGUGAUGAAGAUAAUCGACUAUUACGUGUUUCUAAUAAGAGUAUUGAAAAACGAGUAAGAAAUUCAAUGCAAAAUGGUAUUGAAUUAUUUAAAAGAAAAUUUAAAUAUAUGGGUGCAAGUACAGGUCAAAUGAAACAGAUGUCUUAUUGGUUCAUGGAUUUACCUCCUAAUAUAAAGAAUAUUACAGAAGCACAUCAAAAACUAGGAACAUUUGAUGAUAUUAAAAAUAUUGCUACUUAUAUUGCUCGUGUUGGCCAAUAUUUUUCCACGACAUGGCCCAUAAAUAUUACAUUGACGAAAGUAGAAAACAAAAAUGCUAUACGUCCAAACGGUGAAUUAAAUUAUGUUUUUGAAAUUAAUGAUAUUGAAAGAAAUAAAUAUUGUUUUACGGAUGGUGUCGGUAAAAUAUCAUGGGGUUUAGCUGGACGUGUAGCUCAAAAAAUGAAUAUUCCAAUUUUUUGCCAAGAAGAUAUUCCAUCAGCAUUUCAAAUACGUGUAGCUGGUUGUAAAGGUAUGGUAGCUAUUGAUCCAGAGUCAACAUUAAAUGAUUAUUAUAUUUGUGUACGUUCAUCAAUGAUUAAAUUUCCAAGUAAUGAUUGGAAUUUAGAAAUAUGUGAAUAUGCUCGACCAAUGCCAUUAACAUUAAAUAAUCAAGUUAUUCGACUUUUAAGUGAUUUAGGAAAUCCAAAUGGUGCAUUUAUUGCUCUUCAAAAUCAAGGUUUUACUCAAUGGGAAGUUCCGGAAGAACAACAACCAAGUGUUAUUGAUAUUGCAGUACAGAAAAAUAUGUCUUAUUCAUUAUCUAAAGACAAUUUACUAACAAAUCGUAUACCUAUCCCUCCAACAGAUGGUCGAAAUUUGUUUGGUAUAGCAGACGAAACUGGUGAAUUAGAAUAUGGUCAAUGUUUCAUACAAUAUUCAACAUUAAAUCCAACUACGAAAGGUCAAAGAAGAUUUCACGUUGUUACUGGUACGAUAAUUGUUACAAAAAAUCCAUGCUUAUGGCCCGGUGAUUUCCGUCGAUUGACAGCUGUUCGUAAUGAUAAAUUAGAAGAAUGUAUGCGUGAUGUAAUCGUUUUUCCAACUAAAGGAGAACGUCCACAUUCAAAUGAAAUAUCUGGUUCAGAUUUAGAUGGUGAUCAAUAUUGGGUUUAUUGGGGUGACCGUUUAAGGAUUGAGAAACCUGUAGAACCAUUAUCAUAUACUGGAGCAAAAAAAUCAGAAGUGCCAUCAAUUACUUCAGACAUAAUCAUCGAACAUAUUAUUAAAUCGUUUGGAGCUAGUAUCAUUUUAGGCAUGAUUGCAAAUACACAUACAGUUGUAGCUGAUAAACAUUCACAACAUUCAUUUUCAGACGAAUGUAAAAAAUUAGCAGAAUUAUUUUCAAUUGCUGUUGAUUCUCCCAAAACAGGACACUUUAUUGAUAUGCAAGAACUUAGACCAUUUCAAAAGAAAUAUUGUAAAGAUUGGCCAGAAUAUAUGAGAAAAUUUGCUGAACGGACAUAUAAAUCAAACAGUAUAUUAGAAAUACUUUUUAUACAAGCUAAAGAAAACUAUUUUAAAUGGAAAGAAAAUCCUAUAUUUAUUAGAUGUCCACAAAGAAUGAAAGCUAUUAAAGAUACAUCAGCUAAUGAUAUUAAAGAUGAAGGAUUUAAAAAAUGGCUUAACGGAGGUAUUUAUCAAGAAGAUAUCAAUCAAAAAAAACCUAAAAGAAAAAUGCGUAACAAACUUAAUAAAAACGAUUCAUCAAGUGAUGAAACAUCAACACCACGGCCAAGUGAAAAAACCUCUGCCAAACCUCUCAUGAAACCAGAUGAAAAUCCUCAGCCAGAAAUUAAAAAAAAUGCUAAAAAACCACCACAAGAUAAAUCAAAUCCACCAGAAACACCUGUAACAACAAAAUCAGAAACACCUGUAACAAAAAAAUCUGCAACAAAUCUAAAACCAAAGAAAUCUUCAAAUACAGAAGAUGCUUGUGCAUUAGUAAAUUCUAGUGUUCCUCCAUCAUCUGCUUCUUCAUCAUUAGCUUCAUGGUCACCUUCAGGAAUAUCGAAAAUAGGUGAAUGUCGUCCAGAUUUUCUUAUGGGUGUUGAUAUGAAUAUUACAGAUGCGGCUGUUGUUGAAUUUUCUUCAAUCAGUAAAAAUUUUUUUGUAGUCAAUAUAAAGAAAGAAGCAACUGAAAGUCCUGAUAGAAAACAAAUAAUAAACAAAAUAAAAUCAUAUAUAGAAAAACAGGAUGUUUUCAAGAAAAAGUCAUCGACUUAUAAUGAAACAAUACAUGGACCACUUAGUUUAAUAGUUUUCUACGGUCAUAUUUAUUUUAUUGAACAAAAUACAUUUCCUAACAAACUUGGUAAAUUAAAAGAAUUUAUUCAAGAAAACAGUGAUCAAUUUAUUCGUUUUAAUUAUGCCAAUGUUGAUGAAUUAAACAUUCUACAUCCAUCAUACUCAACAACAAACAAAAAUAAAAUAGAAUAUGAAUUUGAUUGUUAUGUAACAUCAUCUCCAUCAGAAUAUUUUACAUUAUUAUGUGAUACAAAUAAAAACCUCCGACAAAUACGUGUCUCUCGCAUAUGGUCACAAUGUUUUGUACGUCAACCAAAUUUUAAUGUAGAUAGUUUAUAUGAAAUUCGUUCUGUGAUGACACAUGACUCGGACUCACCAGAAUUUAUGCAAGUUAUGAAUUUAGUUUUUAAAUCUCCAUCUACUGCAUUAUUAAGUGGUCGUAAGCCAAAUAUUAAAAUUGAUCGUAGUGUUCUUCUUGCGUCAGUGCUACCAAUCAGCCUAAAAAUUAUCGAAGAAGAUCAACAAACUAAUACACAUCACCCAACAAUUGAAAGUUUUUAUCGAAAAAUACGAUAUGUAUCAAUAGAUGAACAACAAGAGAAACCGAAACUAUCAUCAACCAUAGAAUAUCACGUUUCACCGAUUGAUAAGAAUGAAAAUGUUUUGGAAAAUGUCUGUGAUUUUGCUUUUCAUCCAACCGAAAAAUCUUUACUUAUUCCAGUAAACUCAACAUCAUCAACCGCAAGUAGUAUGUCUAACUCAUUACUUGGAUUUUCAACAUAUCAUUAG